UUGGAGUAUUCAAUAAACAAAGUGUAUCUGCCUAUUUUCGCUUCGUGCCGGGAAGCCGCUUCAUAACUCAAAAGUUUAUGCGGACUUUUGAGUUAAUUCGUUUGGGGUUCGGAGUAGGAGUCUACUCCGAGGGUGGGGGCUUAGGUUUCAUCAUCAUCACCUUUCAUCAUUUCAUUAAUCAUCAAGAAAAAAAAAUACGUCAGACAUGGCUGUAUGGGCAUAGUUCCCUUUGCCUUACCCUUCGGGGAAAACCAAAACAAAAAAAAAAAAAAUCGUCAGUUUAUCUGAUUAUUUUUUUAAAUUCGUUUUAAUUUUGUUGCGAAGUACACAGAAAAAAGUUAAACUCAAUGAUAAUGACCGCAUAAAGUGCAGCUUGACAAUGGUAUUCAAACUUGUCAGGACCGACACGGAAGAACCUUGCAAAAUUCUGUUACCCUCUGGUAAACACUUGAUAGGAAGAGGAAAGCUCCUAGAGUGUGAUGACAAAAGAGUUUCAAGGAAGCAUGGCGAGAUAGAAGUUAAUGAUGAUGCCAUCAGUAUAAAGGCUCUCCAUCAAAACCCAUGUUUCUACGUCAAAAAGAAUUCAGAAGAGACUGCAGUUCUGAAACAGAAUUGUGUUGUCAAUUUGGCCAACGGUGAUAAGUUUGGUCUCCUACCAAACACAUAUUGGUACGAAAUACUUCACUGUGCAGGACUUGACCUUGGAGAUCCACCGAAUAUUGCUUGUGAGGAUGAGUCACAGAGUACUGAUAUUAACAGUGAGAGGUCUGCAGACACCCAGGUCAAUCAGACAAUCCCAGCACCCAAUACUGACAACGUAACAAAUGAAAUGGAUGAUUGUGAUGAUGCAGAGUUUUUGAAUGUAGAAUUAAAUGAGAGUGUAUUGGGUUCUCAAAUGCAAGGUUCACAAUCACCAUCGUUAAUACAAGCCGGGUCGCCUACUUUGCUGCAGCAAAUGUCGCCGUCAUUGACGCCGAGAGAGACCACACAGUCUGUUGGGAAUACCUCACCUUUGAUACCACCACAAAACGACUCGGCAACUGAAAGCUAUCCCCUUGAUGCACCGCCACCAGAGGUGAAGGCGGACCCGUCUCCGCCCAAGAGGUGUCAUAGUCCGGAAGACUCGAAGGAAGGUGUUAAGAAGGUGAAGAUUGAACCAGUGGAUGUUAAACAGGAGCCAGAUGCGAAACCGGGCCCUAGUGGAGAUCAGGGGCCAAGUUGCAGCGGUAAUGCUGAUGGUAAUGGCGACGCUAAUAACAAAAACGCGAUGCCGCCUUCGCCGGACAAAGCUAACGCACCAGCGGCGCCGGGGCCGGGACGUGAAAGGUGCAUGUAUGGAGCCAAUUGCUAUAGGAAGAACCUAGCGCAUAAGGCGCAGUUCUCCCACCCGUGCGACGCGGACUGGGGCGCGGGCGAGCGCGGCGUGUGCCCGUGGGGCGCGGGGUGCCGCAAGCGCGACCCGCGCCACUGGCGCCUGCACGACCACCCGCCCGCCGCCGCGCCGCCCGCGCCGCCGCUCCACAGACCAGCGACCGCCAGGAAAAAGCGGGUAAAGAUUAGAGUGGAUGAAGAUAGUGAAGAAGACUUUCUGCAUACGAAUCUGAUUGUCACUGGGAAGAGGGCUCGGAACACUGUGAGGGUACAAAGUUGGAGUGGCUCAGAGAGCGAAGACGAAGACCCUUAUAAGACUGACGAGUCUGAUGAAUGGGUCCCCGACAGUGAAACACAAAGUCAGAGCCAGAAUACACAAGACGAUUGACUCGGUAACAAUAGUUGCAAGUUUCCGAACGAAAGCACACCCCAGAUACUCCAAAGAAAAUCUCAUUCCAUGUGCCUAAUGCACUUACAAGUGCGAGCGGGACACAGUCAGCGCGCGCUCCCUCUUACUCCAUGGUUACCGCCAUUUAAUAUUAAAAUAAGACUCAGAGGGGGUGAGGUAAAUCUAGCUACGAAUAGGUGCGGGGCGGAGAGUUACCCUUGCGUUCUAUAUUUUUUUAUUCUAUGACAAAAGUUAAGAUUUGAAGUGUUUGACUUGUCUCUGUAUCUAAUCUAUUUUUCUAUUGUUCAGUACAGUUCAUGUAGCCGAAAUGUAAUGAUAAAUAUAUUUAUGAUCUGUAA